AUGUCUGGCCGGGGUAAAACAGGAGGAAAAGGACGCGCAAAAACUAAGAGCCGGUCGUCACGGGCCGGCCUGCAGUUUCCAGUUGGUCGAAUCCAUCGGCAUUUGCGGAGGGGUCACUAUGCAGAGCGUAUUGGUGCGGGUGCUCCUGUCUAUUUAGCGGCAGUGCUGGAGUAUUUAACGGCUGAGAUCUUGGAACUGGCUGGUAAUGCAGCUCGCGACAACAAGAAGACCAGGAUCAUUCCCCGCCACCUCCAGCUCGCCAUCCGCAAUGAUGAAGAACUCAACAAGCUGCUGGGUGGGGUUACUAUUGCCCAGGGCGGCGUCCUGCCAAACAUCCAAGCUGUCCUAUUGCCUAAGAAAACUGGCCACCCCAGUAAAGUUUAUGCCUAG